AUGAAUCCUGAGAACCUCUCCUUCAAACGCUUUCCGCAAUUCGACAAGUCGCUCGCUGUGUGGGAACCGAACUACGGUGAUUGCGACAUGGUCAACACAUGCGAAGACAUGGCUAACUGUGCAACAGCCCCUCUGACUACUACUGAAGUCAUCGAAGCAAUCCUACCAUUCGUCCCGUCGUCGACCGCCUUGCCCAUACAACCCAAGACCCUGAAGGCCCUAUUCGAGUAG